GUAGGUGCCCGGUACUGGAGGUCGGGCAUGCUCAUGAAACGUCCACUGCGAAAUGCUAUGCAAACGUCAAAAAUGAGCGCGAUUAACGAGAAAACACAGAGAUAUGUGACACGGGCGGUUUUUUAACCCGCCUUUCUGCUGCGCCCACAGCCGGACUCUUGAGGAGAAGCCGGAGAAAAGCCGAAGCAGCGCCGAGCAGCGUCUGUCCGUUUUGUCCUACAAAGGCGCCGAGUGGAGGCCCCGGUUAGCUAACCUGCCGGCGGAGGACGGCUUCCAGGGACACAUGAAACAGUAAAGACGGUCCUUCUGUAGAGGGAAGCGAGCUCCAACAUGAGGAAGGACGUGAGGAUCCUGCUGGUCGGGGAACCCAAGGUGGGGAAGACGUCGUUGAUCAUGUCUCUGGUCAGCGAGGAGUUUCCUGAUGAGGUUCCCCUGCGAGCGGAGGAGAUCACCAUCCCAGCCGACGUCACCCCAGAGAGGGUUCCCACACACAUUGUGGACUACUCAGAAGCAGAGCAGUCAGACGAGCAGCUGUAUCAAGAAAUCUCCAAGGCAAACGUUAUCUGCAUCGUUUAUUCAGUCAACAACAAGAAGUCGAUUGAAAAGGUGACCAGCCACUGGAUUCCCCUCAUUAACGACAGAACGGACAAAGACAGCAGGGUGCCAUUGAUUCUUGUGGGAAACAAGUCGGACCUGGUGGAGCACAGCAGCAUGGAGACCAUCCUGCCGAUCAUGAAUCAGUACCAGGAUAUCGAGACCUGCGUGGAGUGUUCUGCCAAAAACCUGAAGAACAUCUCUGAGCUGUUCUACUACGCCCAGAAGGCUGUUCUUCACCCGACCGGACCCCUGUACUGCCCGGAGGAGAAGGAGCUCAAGCCUUCCUGCAUCAAGGCUUUAACUAGAAUAUUUAAAGUGUCAGACCUGGACAACGACGGCAUCCUCAAUGACAACGAGCUCAACUUCUUUCAGAGGACGUGUUUCAACACUCCGCUGGCACCUCAGGCCUUGGAGGACGUCAAGAACGUGGUCCGGAGGAACAUGACGGACGGAGUCAAGGACAACGGACUCACGCUCAAAGGCUUUCUGUUCCUGCACACCCUCUUCAUACAGCGAGGUCGACACGAGACCACGUGGACUGUGCUGAGGAGGUUCGGGUACGACGACGACCUGGAGCUCACACAGGAAUACCUGUUCCCCCUGAUCAAGAUCCCAGCAGACUGCACCACCGAGCUGAACCACAACGCUUACCUCUUCCUUCAGAGUGUCUUCGACAAGCAUGACAAAGACAGAGACUGUGCGCUGUCGCCCGAUGAGGUGAAGGACUUGUUCAAAGUGUUUCCCUACAUGCCCUGGGGUCCAGAUGUCAACAACACAGUGUGUACCAAUGAGCAGGGAUGGAUUACGUACCAGGGAUACCUCUCCCAGUGGACGUUAACAACAUACUUAGAUGUGCAGCGUAGCCUGGAGUACCUGGGCUACCUCGGCUACUCCAUCAUCUACGAACAGGAGUCCCAGGCGGCUGCUAUAACUGUGACUCGUAACAAGCGCAUCGAUCUGCAGAAAAAACAGACCCAGCGCAGUGUUUUCCGCUGCAACGUGUUGGGAGCUCGAGGCAGUGGGAAGAGCGGCUUCCUCCAAGCUUUCCUCGGCAGGAACCUGCAGCGACAGAGGCGGAUCAGAGAAGAUCACAAGUCCUUCUAUGCCAUCAGCACGACCUAUGUUUACGGUCAGGAGAAGUACCUGCUGCUCCACGAGGUGAUGCCAGACUUCGAUUUCCUAUCGGAGGCAGACUUGGCCUGCGACGUGGUCUGCCUGGUGUAUGACAUCAACAAUCCCCGCUCGUUUGAGUACUGCGCAAAAGUGUACAAGCAAUACUUCAUAGACAGCAAGACGCCCUGCGUGCUGAUCGCUGCCAAGUCGGACCUGCACGAAGUCCGGCAGCACUACAGCCUCACGCCGCACGAGUUCUGCCGUAAGCACAAGCUCCACCCCCCGCAGCCGUUCACGUGCAACUCGACCGACGCACCCAACAAAGACAUCUACACCAGACUCACCACCAUGGCCAUGUAUCCCCACGCCCGUCUCCGCUGCAUGUGUUCCUGCAACAGGUGCACCUAUUGCCUGUGUCAGAACCUGCUCAGGUCGGAGCUGCUGCGCAGCCUUAAGGCCCAACUCCGCAGGGUGGUGUUCAACAGCUCCAGCCGGCCCGGCCGCUCUCUGUCCAGUCUGACACAGUGGAGUGUGGCCACGCUGUGCCAGUUGGCCCGGAGGCACAUGGCCCAGGCCGACCUGAAGAACUCCACCUUCUGGCUGAGAGCAAGCGUCGGGGCCACGGUGUUCGCCGUGCUGGGCUUCGCCAUGUACAGAGCGCUGCUCAAACAGCGGUGAUGAGACUUCCUCCUUCUGCUGUCCCUCCCCUCCUACCUGAAGAAAAUAAAGACUGGCUGAUUCCACCUCAUCCCUUUCUCACAGUACAACAUGGGCAAGAAACAAACGUCAAAGUCAUCGGUGCAUUUCUAUGAGAGUGUGGUUUAGUUUUGGUUUAUUUGUGGGUGAAGGGGCCGAUUGUUUUAGACAUGUCACUAGUUCAUCAGUCAGUUUGUAAAUGCUGCGGUCUGUUGGUCAGGAGCUGGUGGAUGCUUCAGCUCGUCAGCCCUCCUUUCUGCUCUCAGGUCAGUACAGGUCAGAUGCUGGUGGACCAGAGAGAGGCAGCCAGACAGACGCACCGCAGACGGACUGGAGUCUGUUUCUAGAUGUGUAUAUGCAGUAUAUUAUGUGUGUAUUCCAGACGUGUAGACAGCAUCACGCCAACAGGAGGUGUUAGACAAACCGCUGCAUCCAGCACUGGACCGGUCACGGAUGUGGUGCGCUUGUUUGCUUUGCGUGUUAAUUUAUUAACCCGGUCGUUUGUUUUCCUGUCUGUUGGAUUUCACCGCAUGGAUCAGAUGAAGCCACUUACAUUUUCAUGUAUUUUUGUAUUUAGUAUUAUCAAAGCUGUCUUCAUCGCGCCUCAUUUACCUGCUUUGUGUUUUUAUUUUUCUGAUUUUCAAAUAGAGCUUUGUCUUGCAUUAUAUUUUUCUGAAGUUAGACGCACCUUGGAGCAAGAAAUCCUGCAACUAACAGCUGCUCAGCACACCUGUCCCACCUUAAAGCUAUGGAAGCCUUUCUUGUUUUCCAGCAUCUACAGUAGAGACAUGUACGAUGUGACACGGCUGUAUGCGUGCGAACGGGUGAACUACAGCUACUUUAACAGCAAGAAGAAAAUAAGUGGUUUUAAAUAACUGUAAUAAAUGACAUUUACACCCUCUGAA